CGAUGAUCAUUAUGAUUCAGCGACUCACUCGCAUCGCAACGUUCCCGGGCCGUGGGCGAUAAGGGCGCAAGUCAUGUACUAGUACAUGUACAUGACUUUGAUUGUACUUGUCUUCCCCAUUGAUCUGUUGAUACAUCAUCACUCAUUAGGUGCAGUCGACUCUCUCGCUCACUCCGGGUUUUACACGUUAUCCGUCCAUAACAGGGCCACUUUUUGUCUUUGGAUGAGUCAAUUGCAGCAGUACAGCUGCUCCAGUUCGGACUUAGUUAGGUUAGCCAACGCGUCAUCCUCAGCUCAGCAGAAUUCGGCCUUAGCUGUACUACAGAAGUGCUCUCGCCGUUUCUACGUCUCAGUAGUGUCCCAUGAGUUUAGCCGGUGCUGAUUUGCGGAUGAUCGAUCAAAGCAGCUUGAAAGCAAGAUGAUUAUUUUGCUGGACCUGUGUUUCAUUCAGUCCUCCUGAUGUCCACGUCCGGUAGCAGGUUUUCCCGUUCUACGAGCCGUGGCCGUUUGAGGACACCUGUCCGGCGAGCGCGUCGUCAGUGUCGGAGAGACGGCCCACUAAGACCGGACAGGAGCUAUGCAUUCGGGAAUGCUGCGACGUUUCCGAGUGUUGACCAAGGCCAGGGGACCUAUCUAUUACGUGAUCGCCGUGUUUCUGAUCAUACUGGUGCUGAGGAUUUCGCUGCAGCUAUGGUGCUCAAUGGCCAACAGCACCGAAUUUGCUGAGCUGACGUCAGAGGAGGUGGCUGGUCUGAGCGAGAGAGAACGGAAAUUCUGGCUGCAGCUGAAGAAGACGCACGCUGAAAAAGAGCAGCUUCAGCAGGAAUUGGCCAGUGUGAGGCUGUCCAAAGGCACAGAGUCACCAGGGGGCACGCAGAGUCACGUGCCGGCGGUGGAGAGUCGGGAAGAUGGCCGUGACGACGCUGCAGGGUGCCAGAAGGUCUCUCUAUCGCGCUGUGAGCAGCUGCAGAUUGCAAUAGUCUGCUCGGGGUUUGGAGCGAGUCGUGAUAUCGUGCCGCUGAUCAAGUCCAUUCUGUUCUACUCGCACAACCCGAUACAUUUCCAUUUCAUAUCGGAUCAGAGUGCCCGUGUUGUUCUGGAUACCCUGUUCAAAACAUGGGCGCUGCCGGAAGUUGAAGUGUCCUACUAUCCAGCCGAGGGAUUGAAGAGCAAGGUGGAGUGGAUUCCCAACCGCCACUAUUCGCAGCAUUUUGGCAUGAUGAAGCUGUUGUUGACAUCUGUGCUGCCGGAAAGCCUGGAGAAAGUGCUCGUUCUGGAUACCGACUUGACGUUUGCCACGGACAUUGCUGAGCUCUGGCUGCUCUUCAGGAAGCUAAUAGAGCAAGGCAAAUCGAUUGGUCUUGUAGAGAACCAGAGUGACUGGUAUUUGGGCAACAUCUGGAAGAACCAUCGGCCAUGGCCGGCGUUGGGGCGAGGAUUCAACACCGGCGUGAUGCUGAUGAGGCUGGAUGAAAUGAGACGCCUGGCCUGGAUGCAGCUCUGGAAGAUGGUGGCCGAGAAGAACCUCAUCUCUUACUCUAGCGUGUCAUUAGCGGACCAGGAUAUCAUCAAUGCAGUCUUGAAGGAUCACCCUGACAUGCAUAUGACCCUGCCGUGCACAUGGAACCUGCAGCUCAGUGAGCACACACUCAGCGAGGACUGCUACUCGAAAGUGUCCGAGCUGAAGGUCAUUCACUGGAACUCGCCGAAGAAGCUCGCCGUCAAGGCCAACAACGUGGAGUUCUUCCGCAACCUGUACACGACCUUCCUCGAGUACGACGGUAACCUUCUCCGCCAUCGUCUGCCAUCUGGUUGUGGCACACUUGCACCUGGACAAGGUGCAAAGAAAGACCCGGCGGAUGAUGCAGAGAAAUGCGCAGACUUUCGGCAAGCGAGGGAAACGACCUACCGGACGCAUCUAUACUAUCUCAAUUACGAGUGGCCCGAGUUUGAGUCAAAUGACGUCACACUGGUCACACAAUUGUCUAUGGAUCGCCUGCAAGUUCUGGAGGCCUUGUGUGACCACUGGAAGGGACCUAUGAGCUUGGCGCUCUUUCUUUCUGACAGCGAAGCCCAGCAGUUCCUGAAGUACGCGCGUGAGUCAGACGUCAUCUCAAGCCGCACCAACAUUGGCUUUCACAUUGUUUACAAGGCCGGUGGCUUUUAUCCAGUGAAUUAUCUUCGGAACGUGGCCCUCAACCAGGUGAAGCAGCCAUAUGCCUUUCUAUCAGAUAUUGACUUCUUGCCAAUGUACGAUAUGUAUGCGUACAUCAAGACAACUCUCUCCAAAUUCGAGACAUCAUCGCGUUCUCGGAAAGCGCUGGUCGUGCCUGCAUUUGAAACCUUGCUGUAUCGUAUGCCUUUCCCAAAGUCCAAAGCAUCGCUGAUUCAAAUGCUCGAUGACAAGAAAGUGUUCACAUUCCGUUUCCACGUCUGGCCCAGGGGUCAUGCAGCAACUGACUUUGACAAGUGGAGAACGAGUACAGCGCCGUACAAGGUGAAGUGGGCUGCUGACUUUGAGCCGUACGUCGUUGUGCCGGCUAACGUGACACGAUACGACCUGCGGUUUGUUGGAUUCGGCUGGAACAAGGUCUCCCACAUCAUGGAGCUGGAUGCACAGAAGUACGAAUUCUACGUGCUCCCGAAUGCUUUCAUUAUCCACAUGCCCCACGCACCGUCUUUGGACAUUGCCAAGUUCCGUUCUAGCAAGCACUACCGAGAAUGCCUGAAGGUGCUCAAGGCCGAGUUUGUCGAGGAUCUGGUCAAAAAGUAUGGCUUCUCUGCAAUGAAGUACAAAACCUUAGACCAGUAGUGAGAAUAGAAUUGGACACUUACUGCCAGCUCCAGUUACUGCUCUAUGGCAACUCUUUAGUAAUGGGACUACAGUCCUCCCACCGUCUGGCUGUGCGUGUCAAGUCCACUUCACCUGCACGUGAUGUAACACCACUGCGGCCCCGACACGAUAGGCAGUUGUGAGCUAUGUACGGGCUCGUGCAGUCCUAAAGGAAAGGGGGUUUGUCAACUGACAACUGCUCUUUUCAGUUGCUAUUCACAAUCGCCGCAUGCGCUGGAUGAAAAAUUCGUUUUUGUGAUGUCGAAAAACUGAACGAUGGUGAUGUGAUGUCGUACAGCCAUGCUCGCAAAAUGUAGUAGAGCUGACUGCACUUGCCACACUUAGGACGAGUUGCCUCGCAAAAGGGUAGCAGCCAUGGUGUAAACUUAUGCAUACAUGUAGGUUCCUUUGUUGUCUCUGGUAGUUUGAAAGACAUUCCCUAUUUAUUAGUGUUGAGUUCUGUUUAGGAAUUCGAAACCAUUUUGUUCUCAUCUUUCCCUCAAACCAGUGAACAUUUCGUUCUUAAUAUUUAUUACCCCUAACUCUAUGAUAUUCUUCCAAAACGGAACUCAAACAGAUAUUCUUAUCCGGACCGGCGAUGGCCGAACGGUUGGGUCUGGAUGUUUAUGCCAUUUAAAAAACAUGCAUCCACACACACACUUUAUUAAUUAUAAUACACGCCUGAGGACCGAAGCUGUGUAUUGUCAUUUCGGUCAUCUGACAAUGUGCUAACAAUGGUCAGUACCGUUACUGCAACGUUACUCGUUUUUCUGCCAAUACAGAAUAUUCGGAUCCUUGACAUCUUCUCCCUCCUUAGUACGUAUUUGAAAGACGAUAAUUAUAUCUCUAUUUUAAUGUCCAAUUGAUUCACUGUGGAACAGUGUGCUAAUGGA